AUGCGCGGUUGUCUGACCGGCGCGCCGGCGCGCAUUCGCGGGCUGCUGUUCGUACUGCUCGUUGCAGCCAUGCUGUGGAUCCCGGGGACGGUCGGGCUGAUCGCGUCGCGCUCGCUCGACCACCCGGCCGUUGCGCAGGUCGGGCUGACCUGGUGGUCCAUCUGGCUCUCCACCAUCUGGCUAUCCUGGUUCGCCUGCCGCGCCUCGGGUCGCCUCGUCCCGCGUGUAUUGCGCCGCACCGUUGGCGCCAUCAGCCUCGCGUCGCGCCACUGGAUCGCGUACCUCGUCGCCAUACAGGAUUACAGCGCUUUCUUCGUCUGGACGCUCAUCGUAUACAUCACAUGGCUUGCGUUUAUAUGGAGUCACUUCCAGGGCCCCGCACAGCAGCUCCUUUCGCCCGCCAGCUCGAUGAUCGCGGCGAGCCGCUUCCUGCUCGGCCUCUCCAUCUGCGCAACGCUCCUCCUGCUCGAAAAGCUCUCGAUCCAGAUUAUCGCGUACACCUUCCACCAGGUUUCGUACGCCUCACGCAUCGCAGAGUGCAAGCUCCAUAUCCGAGUCCUCACGCUGCUCUUUGAGCACUCCCGCCGUGAUCUGACGCAGGAGGGCAUCGAGCUCGACGCGGAGAUGCAGAUGGCCCAGUUCCUGGGUUCGUCGAUCAAAAGCCGCACAGGCAUGUUCAGGCAAUUUCACCGACGCGCGGACAGCAGCAAGCCGCGCAACAAUGCCCUCGCGGCCGCAGCAGCUGAUAUGGCUGUGCAGGUCAUCGCGCUGCCCAACGCGGCGCAGCGCAUUGUCCUCGCCGCGCUUGGCGACGCGGAGCAGACGCGCCACCUCGCCAAGCGGCUCUUCUAUUCGUUUGCCAGGCGCGACAAGUCGGACCGCCUCGUUGUGCGCUUCGUUGACUUUGCCGCCGUUCUCGGCGAGGAGUCCUUCUCUCAGGCCGCUUGGGCCAUCUUCGACUGUGAUGGGAAUGGUGACUUGCUUGAAGAGGAAAUGGAGGCAGCGUGUUUGGAGAUCCGCACGGAGCGCAUGAGCGUCAUCAACAGCGUUCGCGAUAUCGACUCGGCUGUUGCCACGCUCGACAGCAUGUUCAUGUCCUGCUUCGUUGUUAUCAGUCUGACGAUCAUUGCUGCGCUUCUCUCGGUCAAGUUUGCUAACCUGAUCGCCUCAUUUGGCACCGCCUUGCUCGGACUAUCGUGGCUAAUCUCGGGCGGUGCGCAAGAGCUGCUCACAGCCAUCGUCUUCCUCUUCAUCAAGCACCCAUACGACGUCGGCGACCUUGUCACGAUUGUCGACCUGAAGGCAGACUUCAUUGUCGAAGAGAUGAAACUCCUCUCCACCAUCUUCCGCACGAUGGCAGGCGAAUAUUUUCAGAUCAGCAACGCCAAGCUCGCCAGCAGCAAUGGCAUCGUCAACACGCGGCGCAGUGGGCCGACGAUCGAAAAGUUCCAGUUGGAAAUCUCUUACGCCACGACGUACCAACAGCUCGAGAAUCUGCGCGCCAAGAUGCUUCUGUGGCUCGCUGAGCAGGACCGAGACUUCUUGCCCGGCUUGGACAUCCAGAUCCUCGACAUGAAGGCUCAGGGAAGCAUGUCGGUCAGCGUCGGCAUCCGGUACAAAAGCAAUUUCCAGGACCACCUGCUCAAGGCGCAGCGCCGCAACAUGUGGCUCUGCCGCUUCAAGCAGAUCAUGGCUGAAUUGCAGAUCGAAGGCCCAGACGCCAAGGCGACGCCGCCAUGGAGCAACAGCAAAGGCGAAGCUGCAAAGGAAGCUGUGCGCGGCGGCGUUGACCGCGAGUACUGCCUGAUGGACAAAAAGCAGGAUUAUGAAGGUACUCUGAGGCGCAGACGCGCAAAACCUAAGGCGGAGCAUCAAGAUGACGAAAAGAAGCCCACAACGGAGAAUGCGCCACAGCACGGACUCUACUCGAUGCCACGAUACACCCCCGCUGCAACGCUUGCGCGCUCACAGCCUUCAAAUUUCCGUCGAGGCAUAGAUGAUUACGAACAGCAUAUGCAUUCAUGA